AUGUCUGGGAUUGAAGUGGUCGGGGUUAUUGCCAGCAUUGUUCAACUCGCAGAGGUUGGGAUCAAACUCUCGGUCAAGCUUUGUUCUUUUUACCGUCAGAUCAAAGAUGUGGAUCAUUCAGCACAACGCCUUGCAAGUGAUAUCUCACUGACUUGCAGUAUCUUACAUCAGUUAGGCAAUAUCUUGGAACAGGACAGGCGGACAAAACUUUGCUCUCAGCAGGCGUUUCUGACAACUCAGGAAGUCUUGGAGGAAUGUGAGAAAAUCUUCAAGCAAAUAGACGAAGCAAUUCGGAGGAAAGAUCCGAGCUCAGCUAAAAGCAAAUUGGAACGUGGCACACGGAGGCUUACCAUCUUGAUACUUGGUCCCGAUCUCGAGUUGUUGAAGUCCCACCUGGACAAGUUAAAAUUGACCAUGUUGCUAAUGCUGAAUGUGAUCAUGUAUGCAAGAGAAAUCAACCGCACAUCCGAUAAUUUCUCACUUGAAUGUCAACGCCAGUUGAUUGAAACGCUUCUCGGGGAGAAAGCCGAAAUUGAAGCCAAAUUGAAGAGGCUCACCAAUUUGGCCAAUGCCCGGUCAGACUGUGAUGGCCAGGAUGCAAUGUCGUCUUCAGCAUUGGUUGCGCAAUCUAACAUAACACUACCGCAGCAACCUUCAACCCGGAAUGAAAUUGACAAGUAUUAUGACCUUGUCAAAAGUCUUUUAAUCGAUAUCGACGCCUGUCGAGGAAAUUUUCAGCAGGAUCGCCACUUGAGGAUUAGAGACGGAGUUGUGAAUAUUCAUGAGGCCGAAAUUGCUAUAUUUCAACAAUCCCAUGGAGAGGCAGCGUUGCAGGCUUUCGAUUGCCCCUUCUUUAGGAUUAGCAACCGAGACUUGGACAACUCUUUUACCUCAAAGCUGAACUCCAAGCAGACGCAUCAGCGCCAUGCUUUGACUGCACGUCGUCGACACCCUGCGAGUGAGAUAUUCAUAGAGGGCUAUGAUAUGGACUCCUACGAAGCCUACGCGUACACUACCCCUCGCGAGCAGUUUGACAGAGACUACCCUGUUCAGUCAUACCGUCAUGCCACGAGGGGCUCGUUGGAUAGACAUAUGAUUGUAAUGGACAAGGAUUCCCAUAUGCCGCUUAAAGAAAGCGGCAUUAGAGCUCGAUCACUCAAAUACAACAUCAGCCAUCGGAAUACUAUCAGUAACGAAGCUUCAGCUGAUGGCGAUGAUGAAAAAGAUGAUAAGAAUGAGGAUGAACCGAUGGAGGAUGACCCAAAAGUCCUAAAAAGGAAAGCACAUGAUGUCAGCCCUUCAAAACGGAUGGCCACCUCAUGCGAAGAGAAUCCCGGGAAGAAAAUUGCGUGGGGUACUUUAGAGGACCUGGUACUAUCCUGGACGAUACUUUCACGAGAUGUGAUUCAGUCAUAG